CAUGGAUGCAAGCUACAUCCUCAAAGCUCGAAAUUUUGCAGCGAUUAAGACUCGUUUGCGACUACCGUAAUAGCUUUUGCUUGAUGACUGCGUCGAUCACCCCUUGACACUACAACCUUAUGGUGGCGUACGUAUUUUGAAUGAUGCGAGCGCAACACCGGUGACGACUUGACCUAACAUCUUAGCUAGCCGGAGCCAGCCCACAAAAUGAACCGAGCUGGGACACCUCGACCCGCGGCUGGCCGCCGUGGGGGCGUGGCGUUAGGAGUGCUUGGCUUAAUGCUGCUGGCCUUCUUCUCUAUCGUUUUUAUGCUGGGGCGUCCGGGGUACUGGAAGUCUUUUAAUGACCUGGUUCAUCACCCCUUUGACCCCCAUCCGGUUGGUAUUGAUAAGCGGCAUAAGGAGACAGCAGCGACAACGACCGAAGCCAGCAAAGUUGUUGGAGCUGCCAACCUGACGACUCUUAAAACUGUAUCGGAGAUAGCUAACACUACUGCGGCGAGCAAUUCGCCAUCUCCUAGUCCGGCAACUGCUGGGGCCAAAGCACCUUCCGCAGCAGCUAAGGCGAACACUAGCAGCACGCAAGCGGUUGCUAAGAAGGAUGCCGCUGUAAAGGCGACCACCGAUAAGGAGGAGGAGGAAGAGGAUGACGGCAAGCUCACAAAACUGGAUUCCGAGUACAAACCCACAAGGGAAAUGGUUCAGCGAAUCGCCCAGAACGGCUAUCUGGUGGUCACCUGGGCCAACUACCACUACUUUGAUUUCGUCAAGACGUGGGUCAUGCACGUCCAGCAAGUGGGGAUCACGGGCUACAUCGUGGGCGCCAUGGACGACCACCUGCUCCGGGAAAUGAUCAAGCUACAGUACAACUGCUUUUCAAUGAAGUCCGGGCUCACGCUGGGCGACUUUGGCUGGGGCUCUCCCACCUUUGCCAAAAUGGGUCGCGAGAAGAUCCGACUCAUCUCCAUCUUCCUCAACCUGGACGUCAACGUGGUCAUUGCGGAUGUGGACGUGCUGUGGCUCCGAAACCCACUGCCGUACUUUGAUCGCUACCCCGAAGCCGACAUCCUCACGUCCUCUGAUAACAUGGCUGCCACGGUGAACGAUGAGAGCCUGGAGCGCUACCCGGAGGCGGGCGCGGCGGCCAACAUUGGGAUCAUGCUGUUCAGGAAGAAGUCCCUGGACUUUGUGUCCAAGUGGAUUGAGAUCAUUGAGGCGGAUGACAAGGUGUGGGACCAGAACGCCUUCAACGACUUGUUCCGCUGGGGCUGGCGCCCGCUGGAGCCGCCCAACAAGAACCUCUUCCUGGGCUACAACGGCACCCUCACCAUGGGCAUCCUGCCCGUCUCCAUCUUCUGCUCCGGCCACACCAUGUACGUGCAGCGGCUGGGUCACCGGCUGGGUCUGGAGCCGUACGCCGUACACGCAACGUUUCAGUUCAGCGGCACUCCCGGCAAGCGGCACCGCAUGCGGGAGUUCAUGCUGCACGACGAUGCGCCCGAGUACUUUGACCACAAAGAGGGCUUUGUGAGCUUUGAUAUGGACGGCAUUCCGGAGCUGUUGAAGAACGCUGGACCCGCCACCAAUACCAUGGACCUGUCAAACGUCCAGGGUCACUUCAAGCUGGUGAACCACCAGCUGCAGCGGCUGCGCAUCGCAUUUGCGAUCAGCUCGGUGGUGCUCCGCAGGGCGCUGGUGGUGCCGGAGGUGUGGUGCGGGCUGGACCGCUGGUGGGCGCCGCAUGCGGGCCGCAUCCCGGGCGCCAAGUUUGACCUGCCGUUCGUCUGCCCGCUGGACCACGUGCUCGACCUGGAGAACGGCAUCUUCAACAGGGACUUUGCGGAGGACCAUUUUGGCCCCGCCACUGAGAUCCGCGAGUACUCGUUUUUCAACAACAGCCGCAUGAGCCCCCGCGUGCGCAACGACCGAGUGGUGGUGGAGCUGUGCGCGUCGGGGUCCGUGGACUGCAGCGACGGCAAGCAGCCUGCCAAGAUCCUGACUGAGGCCGGCGUGCGCAAGAUCCGCAUCCAAUCGGGGCUGCCCUCGGCCGCCCUGGAGACCGCACUGUCCUCCGUCCGCUCUGUCAAGGUGCUGCACUUUGCCAGCAUGGCCAACGCUAUGGGCGAGCUUUCCGAUGCGGCCGUUGCCAGGCGCUUCACGGAGCGCAUGAAGCUGUACGGCAGCAUCUGGUGCUGCGUCGCGGCGCACCCUGGCCACAUUCAUUACGAUCUGCUGUGGGAUGUCGUACCGCACACGGACAAGUUCCAGCGUGUCUGGAACUCCUCAUGGGUCCCCAAGACCGGGCCAUGAGGUGAUAUGGCUGCGGGAGAUGAGACGGAGGCCGUGAGGAGGAAGAAGGAGAUGUGCUGAGGGCUGCAGUUUGUGCAGCAGUAUGCAGGCGUUCAUACCCUCCCUUGGACUCUGCUUUUGUAGCGUUUGAUGUUGCAUGCGUCGCACGCCACGAGACCGUGUGAUUCCUAAAGGCUCGGAGUACAACGACACGGGAUGGGUAUGGGAGGUUGCUUGUGCAUGGCGUGACGUAAGGACAGCAGGCGGUUCAAGAUCAAGUGUUUUACUUGAUCGUACGCCUGUUGCUAGCGUGUGUGCUAGCUGCUCCUACCAAGGGGCAUAGGAAGAUAGUGCAUUGUGAGCCAGGGUCAGCGUAGGCGGUCUUUGGCAAAACAAUGUUUGCAGCACCGGAGGACUGCUCCGUAACCCGUUUUAAUUGGAAUGUGUCGUUAAUUGGAAAGUACAUGAAGCACCUUGCGCAGGGUGGUAGACAGAGACCCAUGGGCUCGGUAUCUCCUAUAAGUUGCCGUGACAAAAGGCCUCACAAUCUUCCUCCCUCGAUAAAGCCAUAGUGUCACCUUAAUAUUACAGCUGUCUA